AUGCAUGGUAUUAAAAUUGCUCGUUCUGCACCUACCAUUUCCCAUCUUUUGUUUGCAGACGAUAAUAUUGUGUUUUCCCGUGCUGAUGUUCGUGAAUCAGAAUGCGUGAGAACCAUUUUGCGGACCUAUGAACUAGCAUCGGGUCAAGUGAUAAAUUUAGAUAAAUCAAUGCUUUCAGUUAGCCAAGAUGUGCCAUAUAAUUGUUUUCAUGAGCUUACACAGCUGUUGAGAGUAAAGGCAGUAGAAAAUUUUGAUAAAUAUCUGGAUAUUGACAGUAUGAUUGCUCGCUUCUUUUGGGGCGGUGAUGUGUCUCGACGGGGACUACACUGGACAAAGUGGGAGAAUCUUUGUAAAAAUAAGUGUGAUGGAGGUCUUGGUUUUAGGGACUUCCGAGCUUUUAAUGAGGCACUAGUGGCAAAAAAUUGGUGGAGAUUAUAUAUGUACCCGGAUUCUUUGUUGGAUGGGUCCUCACUAGUUUAUAGACAGGAUGCCAUUGAAAGUCUAGGAUUGGAAAAGGUGGCAGAUUUAGUGGUUAAUGGAAGCUGGAAUACAGAGUUAUUGGAUGAGGUUUUUAGCCCUCUAACAGUCCAGAAAAUUAUGGCAAUUCCCCUUUCAAUCCAAAGUAACUUGGACGUUCUUUAUUGGCAUGGAACCUCUAAUAGUAUUUAUGAAUGUAAAUCUGGUUACAAUUAUAUCAGGAGCUUGGUAACUCGAGAGGAGGCUUCUAGUUCCUCACGUCCGCUGCUGUCCGCUAGUCAUUGGCGCUGGUUCUGGUCUAGCCCAACUCUUCCACGGUGCAAGGAUGUAGCGUGGCGAGCGGUGCAAAAUUUUCUCCCGGUGAGAGGUGAGUUGGCAAGGCGCGGAAUGCACCUGGACCCUUGUUGUGCUUUAUGUGAAUCAGAGAUAGAAACGUGUGAACAUCUGUUCUUGAAAUGUCCAGCGGUUGAAAGAGUGUGGUUUGCUUCAGACAUGGCAAUGAGGAAGGAAAAUUUCAGCUCCAUGCAUGCGUUGAUGGCUGCGGUUCUUGAAGAGGAUGAUGAUGACUUCACAGCAGCGGUCCAGCGGCUGAUUUACGUCACUUGGGAAGCCCGCAACUCCUUGGUUUUCAAUGGUCGACGCUUGGAGGUGGUGGACGUGCUUCGUCGAGCUGCCACGCUCAUGCCAUGGAAUGAUGGAGUUCAAGUUUCAGGUCCAGCCACGGGUUCAAGCUGUGCAUCUUGGAAGAGGCCAGAGAUAGGAGUUAUUAAACUUAAUUUUGAUGCUUCAAUUAAGAAUGGUCAGCUUUGGUAUAGUGGCAAGAGACUCAAAUGGGGAGGUUUUAGGGGAUGCUGCUUUAUACCCCGUAAAUGCUCCUUCUCCUUUGCUUGGUGA